UUAUUUGAUGACGUGGGUGCAGGAUCAGUUAGAUGACGAAACGUUGUUCCCUUCUAAAAUAGGCGUACCCUUCCCCAAAAACUUCCAGUCCAUCGCCAAGACCAUCCUCAAACGCCUGUUCCGCGUUUACGCCCACAUCUACCACCAGCACUUUAGCGAGGUGGUACAACUCGGCGAGGAGGCCCACCUCAACACCUCCUUCAAGCACUUCAUCUUUUUCGUGCAGGAGUUCAGCCUGAUCGAACGAAGGGAACUGGCACCGUUGCAGGAGCUCAUCGAUAAGCUGACAGCGAAGGAGCAGCGAUAAAAAGUGGGGUUAUGUAGGGAGGACCUGGGCCUUUUUUAGUUUUAUUCUUUUUUUUGUUAGGAUUCAAUCGUUUGUUUUGGAUUGGAAUGCAGGGAGGAAGGUAUUUUGCUAGAGUGUCGUGUAGUUAAGUAGAGGUUUGGAAUUGAUGACAGGAGAGGUACAUUUGUACUUCUGUUUGGGUAGUUAUACAGGAUUUGUCAAGAAGUUUGCGACAAAUGGGUUUAUGCGCUACCAAAUAAAGCUUAUUCGCAAUUAUUUUAUAUUUCCAAUAACUAAAGCUUCAUUUAGAACUUUGCAAUUAGUUGAAUAAAUUUAGUGGUUCCAAUUACACUUUAUACUUUUUAGUUUACAAUCAUUCAUAAUAUUUAAAAAAACACAAUUAAAAUUAAUAGAAUAUCCUAGCAACAGCUUGCGUUAGUCAGUUGUAUCCAUAGAGAAAAUCAAAUAUUUAGCUUUUAAAACAAUAAACUUUUGAUUCCUAACCACAAUUUCUCUUGACUGAAGAUAAUCACAGGCCAAAAUUACAUUUCUC